AUGCGCACGUACGCACGUACACGUGGGCUGGAGGAAAAGAACGGCGUGAUUUCAUUGCGAAAAUCUCCCAUCCAUGAUCCGAUCCCGCUCCCCCCGCAGAAUGGAAGUGUGCUCGUAGAGCGAGCCUGGCAGACGGACGGACGAUGGACCUGUCUGGGCCCUGGACGGGAUACCCCGAGGUUGAGGACAGCAAACGGUCCUGCAUUGCAAAGGGCCCUGAAUUUCCUAUGCUCAUCUGUGAAUGGGGGAAAAAAGGGGGAUAUGGGUCCUAAUCUCGAUGAUAUCGACCAAGUCUGGCCGUUCCCAGAACCGAACUUGCUGUUGCAGCCCCAGGUCCAUGUUCAGUCCUGUCUGCGAGUCUCAAGUCCAUGACUUUGGUGUCAAUCGGCGACGGAUUUUUGAUUCUCGAGACCACAGUUUGUCGCCUUGCUUAGAGUCUCAUUCAUUUUAACUGACUCUCGCCGAGUCCACAGCCUACAGGUAGCUCAGAAGCGAAGCUUACGAUGAGCGAGCGUUUCUCUCUUAUCUCCCCAUCUUUCCUUUUGUCAUACACGGUUCAUAUCACACAUGUGUUUCCUUCCAAGAGUCGAGUAUUCUUGGACAAACACAAAGACAAAUGUCAGUUGGAAAUGACGAGGCCAGGUAUUCCUCCUCUCGAGACGAAGCACUUAUACACAACAACGCCUGCAUUCACCUUUCCGAUAUUGACUAUGCGAACAGCCCGGGCAAAUAGCAAUGCGCUCGUCUCUCAUGUCCGGUGUAUUGACUCGGGGUAGAGACGGAGUUGACGACUCCGCUUGGUAUCUAUCUAAACUCCUCGUGAAACUCAGCCAAACCACCUUUCGUCCCCCUUUGGUUUUUAUAUACAUUAUAAUUACAAUUUUGUAUUUCCGCAGGUCGGCCACGCAGCCACAUCUCCCC